AUGUCGGUAACUGAACUCGCACUUCUUCGGAUCGACCCGGGCACAGAUGUUUCGUCGCCAACACUCCUUGCGAACUUGUCCGAGGCAAAAAGUGUGAUGGAAAGGGCCAGCGGCUUCAAGUUCCACUUCUACCAUUGCGUGGAAGAUCCCAGCCUGGUGUUUAUACUUGGCGCAUGGCCGUCGAUUGACUUCCACAUGAAGGAGUUCAUCCCUGGCGAGGCCAACCAAGAAAUACUAGACCUGCUGAAAAGACAGCUUGUUGUUGAAUGGAUGUUUCAUCUCGAUGUCGACCAAGCAAAGACUGCUCUUUCUUUGAGCGAGAAAUUCAUUGCCAUUGGGCGACAUUUCAUCAGGGAGGGAGAGGAAGACGUAUUUCGAUCGACCUUCAAAGCCAAAAAACAUGAACUUGAAUCUUUUAUUGGAGGAGCUGGUCACGUUGUCGGAGGGUUCAGGUUAGAUGAUGGGUUUGAGCCGGCAACGGAAGGAGACAGGAAGGAGGAAUUCGUUCUGUUCACGGCAUGGAACAGCGUCGAACAUCACUUCGGCUUUGCUAGAACGGAAGGUUUCGAGAAGUAUGGUCAGAUCAGAAACCACAUCGAACAAGCAGACAUCAAGCAUGCCACAAGGCUCAAUGUCGACGAGAAGACGCGAGUGUAG